AUGUCUCGCCGUUCACAUUCCGAUGACAUUAACCUUUCCGUUCGGGUUACGUCAUCAAUUUUGUGUGUGUUUUUGUUCAUCGUUGGCCAAGUCUAUUGUGAAGAAUUAUUGGAGCCAGCCAUGGUACCUUCGAUGUGGGUAUUGGAUGGAAGUGUGACGGAUAGCUGUGGGGAGUUGCCAAUGUGUCCCCGUGGAAGCAGAUGUUACCGUCCAGUUGGGUAAGGUGUAAACGGUAAUUUUUGUAUUAAUUUAGGUAUACGAAACCAAAAGUGUGCGUGCACUAUAGUUGGACACGGUUCCCGAUGGAGGUGAUGGAGGCCCGACUAUCUGCUGGAGCGCCACUCACGGCUCAUUUUCCGCCAAAAAAUACGUCGUUUGGUCGGAAUCUGAGGCGCGGGCGGCUCCAGCUCCGUCAUCCGAAUGUGUACGACGGAGGCGUCUUCAGCUGA